AUGGUUCUUCAGCUGUCCCCACGAGUACAGACGUCCCCGGGGCAGCGUGGUGCCAGAGAGAAGAUCAAUCCUGCAGUCAUAGGGGCGGUGCGGCGGAAGGGAAGUGUCCCGGGCCUCGCUGAACACCUCUCGGAAGAUCCUGGUACUCCGCGGGAAUGGCGGAGAGGUCUGGAGCCACCUCCGAGGGCCCCGGAAGACGUCCUGCACCUACUUCAGACAAUGGGCAUGGCAGAACAGACUCCAGCCCAUGAUAGCACCCGUAGAACAGUUGAUGAGUGGAAUGUUCUGCUGACGACAGCCCAGCUCUACCUAGUUGCAUGGUGUUGGGAAACAGUGCCUCUGCCCUUUUCGGUGACUCUCGAGGAAGGUCGGAAAUCCUUGGGUGCUUUCGGCCACGUGACCGUCGAGAACUUCCAGGAUGGCUCGAAGCAAUCUCCCAUCGAUGUGGAUGGUCAAAGCGAUGACGGAGCCAAGAUCCGUGGAAAGGCUUUGCUAUCGACAUCUAUCUACAUAGCACUGUACAUCUUCUUCUCAGUGAUCUCAGCAGUUACAGUAUUUUUGAACAUACUGGUGAUCAUCUCCAUCUCUCACUUCAAGCCGCUCCACACUACAACCAACCUGCUCAUCCUCUCUCUGGCUGUGUCAGAUCUCCUGGUGGGACUGAUUGUGAUACCAGUAAUGACUGUAGCAGUAAUGGAAUCAUGCUGGGGUUUUGGGGGACAUUUCUGCGUGUUUCAAUUCUACAUUACUUUUUUAUGUACUUCUUUAUCUCUGGGCAAUUUGGUCUUGAUAUCUAUAGACCGCUAUGUUGCUGUGUGUGAUCCCUUAUUGUACCACUCUAAGAUAACAACAACAAGAAUCAUGUGUUGUAUAUCCAUCACCUGGUGUUGUUGUAUCAUAUACAGUGCUGCUAAUAUUCCAUAUUUUGUAAAUGUACAGGUACCAAGUAGGUGUUUGAAAGAAUGUACUACUGUUGAAGGGUCAAUCUGGGUUAAUAUCACUGACCUUGUUAUUACAAUGGUUGUCCCGUGCUCUGUUAUUAUUGUACUUUAUGUGAAAAUCUUUGUGGUGGCCAGAUCACAGGCCAGAAAGGUAUUUUCUAAAGAGGCUGCCAGUGUGUCUGGUGUUAAAACUGUACAGGCAAAUAAGUCUGAGAGAAAAGCAGCAAAAACUCUAGCUAUUGUUGUUUUCAACUAUCUAAUUUGUUGGAUUCCAUCGCUAUUUAUUUUCUUAUUUUUUCUAUUUUAA